GCCCCAAGGAAGCAGGGUGGUCAGUCUGGCAAGCGAAAUGCCAUAGAAUCGAAGCCCUAUCUAUCUUGUUGCAGCCAGGUCAGCAGCACACUAUCCACACCAUCGCAAACGAGUGGCUCUGCAUCUUCUUCCUGUGCCAUUAGCUGCCAGAGCUUCUCCUCCACAUUAUCGAACCCUUUUCUGCCCAUUAACCAUCCCAUCACGUUAAUCAUCCUCUCAGUUAUCUCACUAUCUUCCUCCUCAGCAUAACAAUGGCGUCCACCUCCUCCUCCACUCUCACUAUUUCCUCUUCUUCCUCUCUCGUUGAUGCCAAGGCUCCCAGACAAUCAGCUUCUGUUUCCUCUCAAUGCGUCAGCCUUCCCUCUCUUACUCCUCCCCCGGUUCAGUCCCAGAACCGGCCCUGGAAGGCCUCUGCUUAUUGUCGCAAAAUUGCUCGCAAUGUGAUGGCAAUGGCAAGCUCCGCAACAGGGGAAGCCCCUCCAGCAAUUGUUACAGGAGGAAACAUUUCAUCAGAAGUUACCACAGCUGAGCCCCCAGAGUUUGUUAAGACGCUUCUAAAAGCUUGGGACAAAGUUGAAGAUAAAUAUGCAGUGAGCACUGUAGCGGCCGCUGGUGUAGUUGCAUUGUGGGGCACAGCUGGGAUGAUGUCGGCAAUUGACAGGCUUCCUUUGAUUCCUGGGAUGCUUGAGGUUGUGGGCAUUGGCUACACUGGGUGGUUCGCUUACAAGAACCUAGUUUUCAAGCCAGACAGGGAAGCUUUGGUGCGAAAAGUAAAAGAAACAAUCUAUGAAAUAACUGGGAGCAGCAGCUAUUGACACAAGAGCAAGCAUUGUGGUUGAAGGUGGAACCAUUGCUGAUAAAUGCUUCUGACCAUACUAUAUUAUCCAAUGUAAUGUUACGUAAUUAUCUGUACUAAAAAGAAUGUAACUACAUAUAUUAUUUCCACCAUUAUCUCGUACAGUUUUUAAGGGUGGGAAAAACAAUAAAUUUAUGGUACUUAAUUCGCGUAGUACAA